GGCUCAUUCCAUUCUUAGUGUGACCUCCACUUUGUUGAGGUCCAUAGAGUGUUCAAUGGAGAGGAAGAGAUGGACGGAUCAGCUUGUUAUUAAGGGAUUUAAAAUGUCUUGUUUUCGUUCGGCUUCAGCCUCGUAUGAGUUUUCCACUUGGCUUAUUGUUGGAUUAUCGAUGCUUUGUUGAAUAUCCAGCUACAUCCUCUGCAAGUGAACCUCUGUUAGUUUGUGCACAAGUCUAGUUGGUUUUAGUUGAGACCAUGAGUUCUGCUAACUCCAGCACAGGUAUCGACCUGCUCCAGGUCAGGAUGGAUUCCUUGAGCAGCAAAAUGGACAAGCUCAUAAGCAUCCAGGAAAAAGUGCUCAGCCGACUCGACGGCAUGUCUCAGGACAUCGAUUGGAUUGAGAAAGACGUCGAAACUCUGAAAGUGGAAAAGGAGGAGAUCCAUUUUCCUCCAGUUAUCCGUACAGGACCAGCCCAUGAGAUGAAGGAGAUGUGCCAGGAAAUGAACAGCAUCAUGUUGGCAGUAAAUCAACGCUCGGAGCAGCAGACCCAAAAGCUGGAGGGAAUGGAAAGACUGGUGAUGAGCAUUCAACAGGCGGUCAGCUUUAUUGGAGAAACUGUGAAAACGUCCAAAAUCAUGGAUAUUAUGUUCAAAGGGCCAGCUUCUCGAAAAAGCAAAGCAAGUUUGGCCCUCAGGUCCAAGGACAGUAAAAUCAAACUUAUUACCAAAUGCUUGGCCUCAGAUAACAACCAUCCCGUCACUAUUAAGCUAAAAGAUCCCAAAGUUAAAGAUGGGAAGUUUCGCCUGAGCCUCAAAAGCCUCAAAGCGCAGAAGAAGAAGAAACCACCCGAUUCAACUGUAGAUACAGUCACUUUGAAAAAGCAGGCACUGUUGCUUGAAGAGGUUCAGAAACUAAAUCAAGAAAAUGCUGAACGCUCUGAAGCAUCCCAAAAGCUGGAAGAAGGUGUGCAGAAACCAGACGAUGGCUUGGUUGCUCCAAUUCAGCAGGACCUCAUCCUGGAGGAAGCCAAAACGCUUGAACCCGAGCAAGAGAAGAACUCGAAAGAAGAGAAAGAGGUCACUUUUGAGCAGAAAGAAGACGUGAUGAAAGACACAGAGCCAAAGAUAGAGGAGAUCCAAGCGGAAACACCAACUUUAGCAGAAGAAGACACUAAGGCGAUACCCCUGAAGACCACAGAUGUACUCAAAGAUCAGGAGGUAGAGCAUACGAAGGACCAGACAAUUACUAAAGCUCCUGCAGAACCUGACAUUACUGAUUCGGAGCCUCCUACACCAAUUGAGAACUCAGUGCAAAGUAUUGAGACUGAGCAGACAGAUGAGGUGACUACCAGCAGCAAACGGCGUGUAACAGAAGAAGAUCUGGGUUUGGAGGACCACAAGAAGAGCAGGGUUGAGGAGGGAGAAGACAAGAGCGAGCAGGAGCCACAGGAACCCGAAGAUCUGCGUGGUGUUUUCAAAGCCGAUGGUGUGGAAAUCGAGUUGGAUUUCAGCAAACUGAAGAAGGAGCGCUAUGAGGAUGAAAAUGAAGAGCACACUGAUCAUUUAUUCAUUGAUUGCACCCCACCUCCACCAGCACCGUUCAACCACCGCGUGGUGUCUGCCAAACCCAACCAGAUUAACAACUUCUACACUAUCAAUCGGCAGGAGGUUCUUGGAGGUGGUCGAUUCGGUCAGGUGCAUAAAUGCAUUGAAAAUUCUUCGGGACUUACUUUGGCUGCCAAGAUAAUCAAAGCUAGGAGUCCAAAAGAAAAGGAGGUGGUGAAGAAUGAGAUUCAGGUUAUGAAUCAGCUCAACCAUGCAAACCUGAUCCAGCUCUACGCCGCCUACGAGUCCAGAAACGACAUUAUCCUUGUACUUGAAUAUGUUGAUGGAGGUGAACUCUUCGACCGAAUCAUCGAUGAGAACUACAAGCUGACGGAGCUCGACACGGUGAUGUUCAUCAGGCAGAUCUGUGAAGGCUUGCGCUACAUGCACCAAAUGUACAUCCUCCAUCUGGACCUAAAGCCAGAGAACAUUCUGUGUGUCAGCAGACUCACAAAUAAAAUCAAGAUCAUCGACUUUGGACUGGCCAGGAAGUAUCAGCCCAGAGAGAAGUUACGGGUGAAUUUCGGGACGCCGGAGUUUCUCUCUCCUGAGGUGGUCAACUUUGAUUUUGUGUCGUUCAACACGGACAUGUGGAGUCUGGGCGUGAUCACCUACAUGCUGCUCAGCGGUUUGUCACCCUUCCUUGGCGACGAUGAAAAUGAGACGCUGAACAACAUUUUGUCCUGUCAGUGGAACUUCGAGGAGGAUGAAUUCUCAGAAGUCUCAGAAGAAGCCAAGGAUUUUAUUUCCAAACUGCUUGUGGUGGAUAAAAGUUGGAGGAUAGGAGCCUCUGAAGCACUGAAGCACCCGUGGCUGUCAGAUCCAGCCGUUCACUUCCGUCUGCAUCAGAAGAAAAAUAAAUGCCGCUCACGCAGAAACUCCUGUCUGCCUCCACCUGAGAGUUAAUGGACCAAGCCUGCUGUGGAACCAUGAGGAUUACUGGACAUUAUAUUAUAUACAGAUACACUGCAAACACUGCCGUUUUACUGUAUGUUCCCCGUAAACAUUAAUGGCAUUUCUUAAAUUAUAUAUAUAUGUCGUGUGAAGUUCUAUUCCAGAAUUUGAAGUGAAGGUGUAAUUUGAUCUUCAUCCAGCCUCACAAUCUUCCUGAUUUGGGUUUUAUACACUGAUUCUGAAAUCAAAUAGAAAUCAAAAUAUAUAUAUAUAUAUAUAUAUAUAUAUUUAAUUUCACUUCAAAAAUGCAAAAAAAGUCACACUAUAUGAGCCUUUAUAAUACUAUAUUAUAUAAUCAAAACAACAUAUUCUAAACUAGGGAAAUAUAAGCAGUGUAAAGCAGUCGUUUGGCUGCACAAAAAAACAUACUUGAACCAUAAAGCAAACUAAAUCAUAACAUGAGGUUUGAGCCUUUAUAUAUAAUGCGUUAUAAAAGUAGUUUUCAUGCAUUAAUUGUGCCUUGUAAUGAACCUUAUAAUGCACUGUAUGAUCUCAUGUAUAAUUGUAACUACAGUUAUAGUACAUUAUAAUACUUAUCUAUUCAUUGUUUCAGCUUUAAUGCAUUAAACACAUGACAAACAAAACCUUUAAAUAUUAUAAUGCAUUUUAACUUUGGUUAGUUAUUUAUGACAAGAUAAAAUGCAUUAGAGCGUGAAUACCUUUAUAAUGCAUUAUACAGAAAGGCAUUAAGUGAAGUGUUACCAUAGCUUUUGGCUAUUAUAAAUAAACUUUAGCUCCAUCACUGUAGCAUUGUGAUUUUCACGCCUCCUCAAUAGUAUGCUGAUUUUUGAAUGCACCUAAUAUAAAUAUGAGAGAUGAUUUUUGAGUGAAUAUUGUUGUCAUAAACGUUGUUUUUAGGUUUUACAUGUUAUACAAGAAAUAAAAGGGAUGCAAGCUGUGAUUCUGAUGGCAAGCAGAAAAAAUUAUUAUGUUAAAGCUAAUAUAUAUUAAUAAGUUUUUUUUUUUUU